ACUGAGCUGGCAGCGUGCGUGCCACUGCCCGCGAAGGGAAGAAGACGAGCGAGGUGCUGUGUGCUGAUUUCUCCUUCUCUAUCUAUCUCACCAUAUCAAACUCAUCUCACAAUGCCUGUAAAUCAUACAUUUCAAGGAGGGAAAGCCUUUGGAUUAUUAAAAGCUCAACAAAGGGAGAGAUGCGAGGAAAUAAACAAGGAAUACAUGGAAGACCAGAAAUACCGGGAUGAGGAGGACCUCCUGGAAAAACUGGAUUCUUUUAAAAACAAAUAUGCAGAGUUUGACCUGAACGACCAGGGAGAGAUUGAUAUGAUGGGUCUGAAGAGGAUGAUGGAGAAGCUGGGUGUUCCUAAGACCCACCUGGAGAUGAAGAAGAUGAUCUCUGAGGUGACCGAAGGCAUCAGCGACAGCAUCAACUACAGAGACUUCGUCAAGAUGAUGCUGGGCAAGCGCUCGGCCGUUCUCAAACUGGUGAUGAUUUUCGAGGACAAGGCUAACGGGGCCAUCUGUAAGCCUGAUGGUCCUCCACCCAAACGGGACAUAGCCAGCCUGCCAUAGACCCAGGACAUCCUGAGCCUCUAGACUAUAUCACCAUUCUAGGACCCUACCAAGGCCCCUGCCCUCAGCCAGGGACGUGUACAUAGCCUUAUUAACUCCCCACCUCAGGAUGUGCACACGUCCCAGAAGGGGUGGGGGGUUCUUCUCCUCUGUUCAAAACAUGUGGGGAGAUAAAAGAGGAGGAAAAAAAAUAUAUAUAUAUAUAUAUAUAUAUAUAUUUGCUGUGAAGACGAGGCAGAUAAGCUUUUUUAAGACCAGUACAUACAUGUAUAUAUCUUUAUUGAUGAUGAGAAAAUAAGUAUUUUUAAUUAGUGUGAGCACUCAAAACCCCUUGGCGAUAACCGUGUAAUUUGAGUCGUUUUGUGAAUAUGAGCAAUGUGUUGUUUGCUGGGAUCAAACUAACAGAGGUGACAAUUUUGUGAUAUCCUCAGUAUGUACAGUGGGGCAAAAAAGUAUUUAGUCAGCCACCAAUUGUGCAAGUUCUCCCACUUAAAAAGAUGAGAGGCCUGUAAUUUUCAUC